CAGUGACUGCUGCCCUUACCCUACAUCCGAGGUUUCUUUCUCCUCGUUUUUUGACUGGUUGGGUGCGGAGCUGCUUCCUGCACCUCACUUGGUGCUUGGACGCUUCUGUCCCACCCACCCUCUGGACAUAUCCCCUGGUCUUCCUCCCCGCGCACCUGCAGCAUGGAACUGGAGAGCCAGGGCACACCCUCCGCCGGGCAGACAUUCUCUGGCCUCCUGCUGCAACUCACUUGUCAGGACUCACCUGGCGCGGACGGGGCGACCCAGGAUCCAGUGGUCCAGGAGCUGGACGCCCUCAUAGGAGCAGCAGAUUGGCCCGAGCUCUUGCAGAGGGACCCUGCGAUGCCCCAAGCGCUGGAGCAGGUGGCCCGAACUUUGUCUGGCAAAGCGACCCCACCCAAAGAAGAGGAUUUCCGCGGCUCCCCUGAGACCCGAGGGGCAGAGCGAGCAGCCUCCGUCGGGGCUGUGUUCCUUCGGCUGCUUGAGAGAGUAGAAGCUGCCAAAGACUCUCUGGGUCCGUCAGCUGUGAUGCCCGCGCUGCGCCUUGCUGCCCCAUACAUCUACCUCUUCUCGGUCACCCACAGCCAGGAGCAGCCGUGGACCAGCCCCGAGUCCCAGAAAGUGGCCCAAGAGGUGCUGGCCUUGCUACUAAGAGUUACGAACUGUGGGUCGGUGGCAGAAUUUCUCCGAGGAGAAACUGAGGACCAGGCAGGCAGGUUCACGGCGGUGAUGGGUCUUCUCAAACCUGAACUGAACAAGGAAUCCUGGAAGAACAACCCUGCCACCAAACAUGUAUUUUCAUGGACUCUGCAUCAUGUCACAAGACCCUGGCUGAGUCAUCACUUGGAAAGGAGCCUUCCUCCCUCCCUGCUCAUCUCAGAUGACUACCAAACAGAGAACAAAAUUUUGGGGGUGCGCUGCCUCCAUCACAUUGUGCUCAAUGUGCCAGCUGCUGAUUUGCGCCAGUUUAACAGAGCUCAGGUCCUCUACCAUGCCCUAUUCAAUCAUCUGUACACACCAGAACCCGACCUUAUCCAGGCAGUGUUAGAGUGUCUGCUGGUCCUGUUUCCUGUCCUAGAGAGGCCCCUACAGUGGAAGGCACCUGAACCCAGACCCAUGGGACCCUGUGAUGAUGUGCUACAAUUGAUUCUGACCCAUAUGGAGCCAGAGUACCGUAUCCUCCUUCGAAGAACCUAUGCCAAGAACCUGCCUUCGUUUAUAGAGAGGCUGGGGAUCUUGACAGUGAGGCACUUGAAAAGACUGGAGCAAGUGAUUAUUGGAUACCUGGAAGUCUAUGAUGGACCUGAGGAGGAGGCCAGGCUAAGGAUAUUGGAAACUCUUAAACUUACCAUCCAGCAUUGUUGGCCAAGAAUUCCCCACAGACUAGAAAUUUUUCUGAAGGCCCUCCUAAAAAUGGUCUGUGACGUGGUAAGGGACCAGAGCUUAACACCUGAGCCUGUGAAGGGGGCCCUGCUACAGAAGGCUAUUGACUGUCUCGUUCUCUUGGACCACUGCUCUUGUGGGCAGGUUACAAGUCUGCUGGCCAAAGCUGUCCAGAGCUGUGAAGAUGACAAGGUACUACAAUGUAUCAUAAAAGUACAGCAGCUUUCAGGAAAAACAACCCAAGCUGGAACUUAA